UUCACAUUCUGAUGUCUUUCUUAGUUGAAUUGCUCAGAAAUUGUACGGGAUCUUGAAAAAGCCCUUUUGUGAGUUUGUCUCAUCACGAUUUCCAGCCCAUUUUGCCUUUUCAAAUUAAGAGUGCAUCAUUUUUAUGGAUGAAAUGUUCAAUAUUUAGCUACUUACAUUGCUGUCCUAACCAUGGAGAAGUUUCAUCUGUAGGGUAAAUAAAAGCAGAAAGGUCUAAUAAUCCAACUGAACCAUGAUCUACACAAGAAUUUAGCCACAUAGUUUAUCUGAUAUUUGUGACAGAAAAAAUAAGAAUUUUACUUGUUUAUUCUAUUACCAAGAAUGCACAUUUUUUCAUGUAAACUAUUGACGACUAGGUUGCUUAAUAUUCACCCCAAUCUUAUAAGCUGUUGUUUCUUUGUCGCUUAAAAUCUUGCACAUUCAUGAAAUUCUUGUACAUAAACAUGGCAGAGGAACAAUCCUCGGGUAUUGUGAAUUCAAGGGUAUUUUCUGCAUUGACUCGCUUCAUUAGUUGCCUUCACUCGAAGCAAGAUAUUCUGUCAUUUUUUGAGAUAAUAUCCGGUUCACUGUUUCAAUGGUUAUCGCAUCAAGAUAUAAAGGAUGAAAAUGUCAAAGAUCAACUCAGAACCCUCUGGGAUGAGAUCCUCAAUUGUUUACGGAGGAGUCAGCCUCUACCAACUUUCAAUUCAUCUUUCCUCAAACUUAAAAUGCCGUUCCUCGAGAAAACACUGGAUCAUCGGAAUACCUCCAUUUCUGAUGAGACCAUAAUCUUUUGGAACUCCACAUAUGGCAAGCAAAUAAACUUGGAGUAUCCCCAAAAUCUGCUUCAUGUUCUGCACAAGUUGUUACACAAGUUGUCAAGAAUUGGAAGAAUAAGCCUCUACAAGAAUUGGAUCACUGCAACACAGAACAGGAGCUCGAAGUGAGUAGAGUUGACAGAGGAGGGUAUGAUUGCUGGAGUUAAGCCACCAUUAAAUUCAAAACGAAAAAGAGUGGAACUAACAGAGCAUCAAAAGGAAGUAAGACGAGCACAACAAGGGAGAGGGACUGCAAUGGACAUGGUCCCGGGAUCCGAACUUAUACUAGUCUCGACUUUUCGCAGGGAAACGAGGAGUCGCAAGACAGCCAGGAUAUUCGAGAUUCGGAAGCCAUGUUGGAGAUGUGGAGAAGAUAGACGCGAUUGAAUUGUAGUAACAUCAACUUAUCGCUAUGAUGAUGUUUGUUUAUGUAUAUAUGUACAAAUAAGAUAAAAGGGUAGUAAUUGUGUUUGGAUAUAAAUCU